GUGUGUGUGUACUGGGUGCGGUGCUUGUUUUCCAGUCGGAGGGAGGAGACUUUCCCUUUCCUCUUCAUUCUUCUCGUCUGAAGUGAAACGAAAUGGAUCCUAAAUGUCAGUCAGGUGAGGCUGUUGCAUUGUAUCAGGAGAAGUGUAAUGGGUACCCUGAACAGCAUGGACAGUUCGGCCCUCCCGGACAGUUCGGCCCUCCCGGACAGUUCGGCCCUCCCGGACACUUCGGCCCUUCCGGACACUUCGGCCCUUCCGGACAGGUUGGACAGCCUGUUGGACCUGUAGUGGUUGACCAUACCACUGUGGAAAUCACCACUGAGCCUCCCAAGGACUACAUCAUCUGGUCCAUGCUCAGUUUUUUCUACGUAAACAUCUGCUGCCUGGGACUUGCAGCGUUCAUCUGCUCGGUCAAGGCCAGAGACAAGAAGAUAGCUGGAAAUAUGGUUGGUGCCCGACAUCACAGCUCCACCGCCCGCACGCUCCUCCUCAUCAAUGCAAGUCUGUUUGGCGUCUUGGUCAUUAUUACCAUUAUUCUCUUCUUCGAAAAUCCAGCCAUCGCAGGAGGCAUCACCAGAUUUUUUGUCAACAAGUUUUAAAUGAGCAAAGACAAAGGCUGUUGCUGCCGUGUUUCUCUGAUCUGUCACAUUUUAUCCACAUUUUACAGCUUAAACAUGUAGUGAGCAUGGCUGCCAUGUGUCUGUGUGGCCAAACUGUUUAAUGUGUCAAUAAAAGAGUCUGUUCCCCAACCA